AUGGCCUCCGUGUCAGGCACUUUUGCGAGUCGGAGCAUACCAGUUGAAGUGGAUGAAUCGGUGAUGUGGUCCCCAUUUGUCGAACGUGCCUUGGAAGAGGCUUCACACUCUUCUGGAGAGCACAUGGAGAACGAGGAGCGCCAGGAGCCUCGAGCCUGGGUGCCGCAGCCCGACACCGGGCCGUCGUGUCUCCAAGGAUCAGCACAACGUCACCCCCCUGCACUGCCUGAUGUAGGAGCCUUGGAGCUGGACAGCAGGCUGUGGUCCAAAUACACAGAUCCCGAUGAAGACGGGCACUUCUCUUCCCCUGGGGAAUCAAUCGUUGGGAUAGUUCCCUCCAGGGCGCAUCUUUUAGCUGUGGAAAAAGCAGGUGCGCAUCUGAGAUCUCAGCUUUCAGCUGACACUGGGCACAAUUCCAGUACAUCGAGCAAGAGCUUGUCUGACAUUGUGGAGGACUCGCUCGAGGGCAGCAGCCAAGGGAGCUCACAGCCCCAGCAACCCUCCGAAAACAGACUGCCAGCAGAGCUGGCGCCUGUGGACACGGGAUGCAAUUCCCAGGCACGAGACAUCAUGGGCAUCAGGCACUUGGAGCCGCCCUUACCUCUGGUGUCUGUGCUGAACCCCCAGGACCUCCCGGGACCCCUGAUCUCCAGAGAGUUUUUUGGACCUGAGCACCAGCAGUAUCCUCUGUGCCAGCACUCGCCCCAUCCCAAUGUUUCUUCCCAAGUUCACGGCUGCUUCGGGCACCACUGCCCCAUGGAGCAACACCCACAGCACCCAUGUGGCAGGAGCCCCUACCCACAUGGUGCCCGCGUGUCCCAGCCGCUGCCUCCCGUGCCGGGGCCGUGUGUGAGGGUCAUCCGUCCAGCCCAGCAGCUCGUCCCCAAUUACUCCGGCCUCCGGGCCCCGCGGCCCUGCUCCUCCCCGGCUCCUCCGCCAUUUCCAAACCAGUUCUACAACGAGCCGCGCAGCGGCGAGCUCUCGGCGCCGGCGUGCGGGGCAGACGCCGCCCGCUGCCAUCCUCCCGGCCACGCGCCCUGUCCAGCCGCCAUCCCGAGGCCCUUCAGCAGCCCUGCGGCCAAGGGAACGCUGAAAACCAGCAACCUUCCCGAGGAGCUGCGCAAGGUCUUCAUAACCUACUCUGUGGAUACAGCCGUGGAGGUCAUGAAAUUUGUGAACUUCCUGCUUGUGAAUGGAUUUCAGACUGCUAUUGAUAUAUUCGAGGACACGGUACGAGGCAUCGACAUCAUUAAGUGGAUGGAGCGCUACCUAGGUGAUAAGACCGUGAUGAUAAUCAUAGCAAUCAGUCCAAAAUACAAACAGGAUGUGGAAGGGGCUGAAUCCCAGCUGGACAGGGAUGAACAUGGCUUACAUACUAAAUACAUCCACAGGAUGAUGCAGAUUGAGUUUAUACAACAAGGAAGUAUGAACUUCAGAUUCAUCCCUGUGCUUUUUCCAAAUGCGAAAAAGGAGCACGUGCCCACCUGGCUGCAGAACACGCACAUUUACAACUGGCCGAAGAAUAAGAAGAACAUCCUCCUGCGGCUGCUGAGGGAGGAGGAAUACGUCGCCCCUCCAAUCGGACCUUUACCAACGCUCCAGGUUGUGCCGUUAUGAACAUUACUACUUAAAGCACAUGACGAGCAGUUGUUAAAGGGUUGUUCUUGGCGGGGAGCCAGCACUCUUCCAGAUGGCUCUUUCUGAUGAUAGAAGAUACUCUUUCUGCUAAAGGAAUUAGCUGUCCUGGGUAACUCAGGCUCAGCUUGUUCUCUACCACGUUAAACGUUUCUUGCUGGAGCUGGUGGGCACACUCCUUUCUCUAGAUUUUUUUUAAACAAGCUGCAACUGGAAAGAAUAUCCAGUUUUAUUUUAACAUCUGUUUUUAGCAUAUUCCUUUAUUGGUCAAUAUAGCAAACAAAUACCAGAAAUAAUGUUGCAAUAAGCGUAAAAUAAAAAUUGCAUCCUC